UCGGGUUUUAGCGUUAAACAAACUGUUUUUGUAUUCCAACUCGCAUAGAAUUGUUACGAUUGUCAGUCAUGGAUAACGAUAAAAAUACUAUGUUGGCCGUGCUCCAACUACUGCGGAAAUAUAAUUUGAAGGGUACUGAGGAUUUAUUUAGGAAAGAAGCGAACUUAACGGACGUUACCUUAGAUGGGAAUCAACAAACUGAUUCUGAAGUAAGCAGUGUAUUGUCUGCUUAUAAGAGCGAAGGAGAUCCAGCACUGUACGAGAAAGCUUACGGCGAACUGAAAAAGUUUGUCGAAGGGUCUCUCGAUAUUUAUAAGCACGAGUUAGGCACAAUAUUGUAUCCAGUAUUAGUACACAUGUACCUGGAACUAGUUUAUAAUAAUCACUCGACCGAAGCUAGACAACUUAUGGAGAAAUACAGUGGAAAUUUAGAGGAAUACUAUCAAGGUGACUUGAAAAGGCUGUCAAACGUCACCAAAAGGGAACAAAUGGCAGGGAACGAACUAACCGACACAUUCAAAUCCAAUCAGUUCAUAAUAAGGAUGUCGAGGGACACGUUAUCGAUAUUAAAGCGGCAUCUACAAGAAAAGAAACACAGUGUUCUACUAAAUAUUAUUCAGGAGCAUCUGUACUUUGAUAUGUACGAAGGGGUUGCACGAAACAAGCAACAGAUCGAAGCAACUUCAGGAGCAGUUGUUGGAGAAGCAACCAGGCAGGACAACAAGACAAAAGUUUAUUACGGACUGCUGAAGGAACCAGACAUUCAGUGCGUUCCUCCUGCUGAAGAAGAGGAGGAUGAUACAGGGGGAACAGAAGGAGACAAACCAAAAAAGAAAAAGGCUAAGAAGGAUCCUUUGUUUUCUAAGAAAACCAAGUCCGAUCCAAACGCACCACCUGUUGGCAGAAUGCCUUUGCCAAAUCUGAAGGACGCAGAUAAAUUAGAGAAGGUGAAAGCAUUAAGGGAGGCAUCAAAACGUGUUAUUCUUGGGCCAGACAGUUUGCCCUCCAUUUGUUUUUAUACCUUACUAAAUGCCGUCCAUGGUGUAACAGCUGCUGAGGUUGCGGAAGAUUCGAGCCUCCUUUCUAUCGGAUUCAGUGAUUCAUCGAUAAAAGUCUGGAGUCUUGUACCAUCGAAGCUGAGGUUAAUGAAGACCGGGGAAUUAUUACAAGACGUCGAAAGAGAUGCCGAUGACGUGCUGGUGAGAAUGAUGGACGACAGAACAGCCGAGACCUCUAGAAAUCUCUAUGGUCACAAUGGACCUAUUUACAGUUUAUCUUUCAGUCCAGACAGAAAUUUAUUAUUAUCUUCGUCAGAAGAUACCACGGUGAGACUGUGGUCUCUGCACACCUGGACGUGUGUGGUUUGUUACAAAGGCCAUUUAUUCCCGGUAUGGUCCGUGCGAUUUUCGCCGCAUGGGUAUUACUUCGCAACUGCAUCUCACGAUAAGACUGCCAGACUUUGGGCCACGGAUGCUCAUCAGCCUCUCCGAAUUUUCGCGGGCCAUUACUCAGAUGUAGACACGGUGCAAUUCCAUCCCAACUCGAAUUAUGUAGCGACGGGGUCAAGUGACAUGACCGUCAGAUUAUGGGACUGCGUGACGGGCAGUCAGGUGCGACUCAUGACCGGACAUAAAGGCCCGAUUUACACCUUAGCCUUCUCGGCCGAAGGCCGAUUUUUAGCAUCAGCCGGGACAGAUUGCCGGGUCCUCGUUUGGGACUUGGCACAUGGCCACCUGGUCGCUGCACUUUCUAGUCACACAGGCACCAUCAAUUGCCUCUCUUUCAGCAGAGAUGGCAACAUCUUGGUAUCCGGUUCUCUCGAUUGCACGAUUCGUCUUUGGGACUUCACAAAACUGGCCGAAGAGAUGAGCCUGGAAGACGUCAACGUGUCGCACAACCCUGACGUGAAGACUUGCGUCGAGACUUACCUCCUACGAACAUUCCCCACGAAGAACUCGCCGAUAUUGACGCUCCACUUCUCCAGAAGAAACCUCCUCCUCGGCGUCGGCAUGUUCGAAGGGUCUUGAGCCAUUUCCCAUUGCGACGUCGCGGUACCAUUUUGAUAAGUUCUUAUAAAUAAAAAGGAGAAUCGAA